AUGUCGUUAACUUCAAUGGAAUAUAAAAGUCAAGGUAAUAAAUAUUAUUCAAAUAAUGAAUGGUUAUUAGCGAUUGAAUCGUACAGUGAAGCAAUAAAACUUAUUGAAAAUAAUGUUGAAGAAAAUCUUCCAUUAUAUUUAUUAUAUUCAAAUCGCUCAGCUGCUUAUAUUCAAGAUAAGAAUUUUUAUUCUGGUUAUGAAGAUGCUAAACAAUCAUUAAAAUUAAAAAAAGAUGGAAAUUUUAAAGGAUUUUAUCGUGCAGCUAUUUGUGCAUAUCAUCUUGGUUUUAUUGAACAAUCUCAACAAUUUAUUAAAGAAGCAACACAAGAUCACCAACAAAAUCUUAUUAAUUAUUUAGAUUUAAAAUUAUUAAUAGAAAAAAAAAUUAAUUGUAUGAAAAAAUGGCGAAAACCAAUUGCAACAGCUAAAAAAUCAAUAAAAAAUCUUCAACAAAUUAUUCAAAAAAAAGUUUUGAUGUUUGAAAUUCCAUCUAUUCUUUAUCAAAUUCGUUAUUUAUUACGAGCAUUUUUUGACAAUAAAAAAGAUAAAAAAUUAAUGAAUAUGGAUACUGGUGAUCUUGGUUUACGAUUACAUGAAUUAGCUGUACAAUUUAAUUCUGUUUUUCAUGUUGAAAAAUUAAUAAUGGCUGAUCCAUUAUUAGAAGAUCUUAUAUUAUAUGAAAUGCCUGAUGUUGGAUCAUUACGUUUAAAAUCAUAUGAACAACGUAAUUUACCAGAUGAUAAACGAGAUUAUGAUUUAGAAGAAAAAGCUGCAGAUGAUUUGGCAGCAUAUGAAUUUUCAUUUUUCGUAAAUAAUGUAUUGGCAUCAUUAGUUGUUGAUUGUUCAGAUGAAAAAAUGUCAAUACGUGCAUUGAAACAAAUUCAUCGUUUAACAACAAUUGAUUUAUAUCGUCAAUCAUUAGGUGAUGCUUUAUCUGAUGCAAUUAAUAAUUAUAUUUAUUCUCAUUCAAAAAAUCGUUUAAUUGUUGAAAAACUUAUUUCAAAUAAUGGUAUUGAAAUUUUUUUUUAUGAUUAUAUUGAAUCAUCAUGUCAAAUGUCAGCAUCACGUAUGAUUAAAAAUAUAACAGCUGAUCAAUGGAAACAACAAUCAUUAACAACAAUUCAAUUUGUUAUUAAACAAAUUAGUCAAAAAAUUGAAAAUGAAGGUAUUGAAUUAAUUGAAGAUAGACAAGUAUCAAAUUUUGAAAUUGAAUUAAAACGAAUCUUAGGUCUUGAUUCAGUUGAUGAUAAUGAAAAAGAAGACUUUAAUAUAAUUAUAAAUGUUUUAACAAAAAUUUUGAUGGUUUUUGGUAAAAAACCAUUUAUAGAUCGAUCUUCAUAUGAUCCAUUGUUUUUAUAUGUUAAUCAAAUGUGGUUUGAAAAAUUUAAUUAUGAUCAAUAUCGAUAUAAUAUUCCAUAUUUACUUAAUAAUUGGACUUCAAUUAUUACACAAUGGUUAAAACUUGAUCAUUCAAAUCGUCAACAAUAUAUUCAAAAAAUCAAUACUCAUCUAUUAGAUAAUCAUCAUUAA